CAUUCCACAUUUUCUUUCUUUCCUUAAUCAUCUCUAGCUAUUUGCUGUUUGUCACUAACAUAUCCACAUAUACACACACAAUAUAUGCAUGAAGUAUAUAUACUUAAUUUGCCAGUUUGCUUCAUAUCUUCUAUCAUUAAUUCCCAUUAAACCCACACUUCUUAACUAACUGCUCAUAAUCAACUUAAUUAACAUUCAUGAAUACCUUCAAACUGGAGGGUAGCAAAAGGCCCCGUUCGAUGAGGUUAUGGAAAAACCUCAAACGGUACCUUAACCCGAAACAAAUCAACAUUUUAGCUUGUUGUGGGUCAUCAAGUUGGGUUCUAGAUCAUAACAGUAAUACAGGAGAACAACCAUUAAUAUUCCCUGAAGAUGAUCAGUCUCCAACACUUUUGGAACCAAUAUAUAAUACAUUGCAUGAAUCCUACAUUAUUGGUCAAAAUCAUCAUCGGGCUGGUCAUGAUCACAAUGACAGUCCUACUACCAUGAACCUUGCAACCGCAUUGGCAGCUGAGCGUAGCAUGGAAUCUACUGAUAGGCUGAAAAUGAAGCCGUUGAAAUCGAUAGUUAGAUUGUUUGAAGAAGAAGAAGUUGAUGGUGUUAAGACUGCGGAGAGUGAUCAAUCAGAAGGCGGGAUAGGUACAUUGUGUUGCCUGUGCACAGAGAGAAAUAAGGGUGCGGCGCUGAUUCCGUGUGGGCAUACAUACUGUCGGGUAUGCUCCAGAUCGAUGUGGUCGAAACAAGGUUUGUGUCCUCUUUGUAACUGUUUGAUCAAAGAGAUUCUUGAAAUUUUUUGAAGCUUUGUUAGUUGUGAACUUGUGAUUGUGAUUGUGACCGGAAGUAAGAAAGUUGGAGGGUGAAAAAUGGUAACUUGACUAUCUUGAGGGGGGUAGUUUAACAGUUAUUGGAACAUUCUCAUGGAAAUUAUUUUCACAUAUUGGCCUAGCUAUAGUUUAUAGUUUAAGUUUGCUACUCUAUUAUUUCAUAAAUCUUCCAAAAGUCCAACCUUUUUUAUUUUA